CACAGUUUGAACACAUACAGUAGCUGACUGUUCUGGCAUCCGAAAGAGCAGCAUCCUUCUCCCUGUGGAUUUCACUGUAAGAAUCACACCUGCUUCAGGGGUAAUGUGUUCACAGAUGAUUAAUCCUUCUUAUGGCAGAGUUAUUGUGAUCUCUUUAAGAAUUCCCUAGGAAGGAAUAAGUGGGAGAGAUAAGAAACCACAGGCUGGAGGCACCAGGGAACUAGUAAAGGCUUUCACUGCGAAGGAAUCUGUGCUCUACUUUUUUGUAACCUCUUUGCAAAGUUGUUGUGUGAUUGCAUUUGGGAAACACGAACAAGAGUUGUCUAUGUCCCUGUGGAUAAAGUACAAUUUGAUGGUUUAAAGAGAUGAGACCAGAUGAUAUCAACCCUCGCACUGGACUGGUGGUGGCCUUGGUGAGCAUCUUCCUGUUCUUUGGGUUUAUGUUUACAGUGUCUGGUUUUAAAGGGGAAUCCUUGGGGCCCAUUCCUCUUAUUGCUAUUGGACCAGCAAUUUUUCUCCCAGGAGUGGCUGCCAUUUCACUUGCCAGGAGAACGGAUGGCUGUACAAAGUGGCCAUAUAAAAAGUGGAUCUGCUGUAGGAAAACAAAAGACAAAGAAGACAUAGAGCUUAUGAAGACGCCCCCAGACAUGGAAUCUGGCAAGGGGAGCUCUAAUGAGCUGGAUAAAAAGGGAGAGAAAAAGGAAAAAGAUGAAGAAUGUGAGUCUAGCAAAGUUAUCACCAUAGAGGAUGCAAGUAUUCUUAUCAAGGGAGUGGACCAACAUGAGGUGCUAAAAUACCUGGAUCAAUGCUAUUCUUCUAACACCUUGCCAGGUGGGGUAGAAAGUUCUUGUUCAGUAUUUGAUAAGACAUGUGCAACCGACAGGAUUAUUUACAUGGCCACAGAGGAGAAGGUCACACUGGACCCACGAGAUAAAGAGGCUGCUGCCUUCUCACACAAGCAGGACAGGUACUGCUGUUAUGUACAGGCUACAGAGGUGACCUGGGACCAAGAGACAAUUGUUUAACUUGCAAUAGAUGCACAAAUAUACUCACUAUGGAAAUGUUUGCACUGCAUGAAAGAUAUGGUAUCUGAUCAAAACAGAUGUGAUACUUACACUUGAAACCUUUUGCCCAAAGUAUUCCUGCAGACCAGCAUGUUUACGGUUAUGAGUCCCUUGCCUCUCUGUUUUUUUUGUUUUUUUUUAAAUCUCAAAUUGUUCCUUCUUUGAAUCCUGUGCCUUGGUAAGGAACAGCACAACCGAACAGACAUGCAUUAAAAGACCAUUAAAUAUAUGAAACAUGCAGACAAAUGCUCAGGCUAUUUGUAGUGUACAGACAGCCUAUUAAUACACUGGAGGCUAUUCUAUCAUCAUUAUCUAAUAAUUUGCUGCAACAACAGUUUAAUUUAUAAAUCAUGUAUGCUUAGAAUAUUAUGUUACACAUUAUAAUCAAAAGGUAAAUCAUUGGGUUUCUGUUGAACUUUGCAGUUGUUUGCCUAGGAUGAAAUACAUAUUUUCUUCCAUAUUUUUCAUUUUGUGGGGAAAAACAUAAUUCUGAGGACCACAAGAAAAAAAAUGUGAUGUAUGUGCAAAAAUGGUGACUGUUUUAAUCUACAAUGCAAAGGUUUUUGGCUUUCACGAAUUGUCUUAAUUAAAGGAAAAAUGAAUACCCCCCUUCCUCCCAAAAUGAAUAUUACUGCCCCAAUCCCUAACUUAUAUGCAAUAUGCUCAUUUCUUUAAUACUGAACUUAUACUACAUGUUUGUAAACUGGUCAUUUUCUUCAGAACAGUAAAAUAUAAUGCUUGCAUAUACAAAACAGUGAA